AUGGCUGAGCUUCCGGCCAGCGUGCCCCCCUCCCCUAAUGUGCCAGCUAUCGUGAACUUGGGGUUCCAGUUAGCUAACAAGCUGAGACUCUAUGGGCAGGGUACCAAGGCACCUCAUUGGCGCAUCACUGAGCUGGGAGAAGGCGUUGAUGCUACGACAUCAGCUCUCGUUCAGCUCUGGGACUUCCUCAGCACUGACAGAUACGGUACGUUGGCCGCGUAUAAGGAAGCCGGCCGCAAGGAUGUAGAAGACCUUGCAACUCGGUGCGGGAAGACGUAUACCACCAUCAUACGUACCGUAUACAGAGCCAGUCUCGCAGAUAAGGUUGUUGAGGACGUUUCCUGGGACGCCGUUGGGGUGGAGGACUUGAAGGCUGCCAGGCUGUGUGCUAUCAAGGCGAACAUGGACUGGCGCAUGGUGAGAACCGCCAUCCAAAACGCCGAAAAUCAGUUGGAGUGGCUCUAUAGCAGCCUCCUGCUUCACUUUCAAGUGUUCGAUGUCGCUCGCCUCCAAGUCAAAGCCCCCAGAGCUCCCGGCAGCUUUGAUGAGGAGCUUGCCUCAAGGGCAAUGGCCAGCCGGCUCCUCUGCAAGAGAAACAAGGCCGCCGAAACGCUCGUAGAACAGUGCGAGAAAGACGCAGAGAUUAAAGCCGAGCGCGAAGCCAGACUAGCUAAAAAGGCUGCCAAGGCCGCGAAGGCCGCUGAGGCUGAUGCUGUUAGCGUCUGCUCCAACGACGACGACGACGCUGCAACCUGGAAAUCUGGUGCGACCGCCAAAGAAUCCCGACCGCCAUCCGUAUGUGAGUUGAAAGCCGAUAAGAAAGAUGAGAUUAUUGUCAUUGAAGAUUGUCGGCCGCCGCCACCGCCGUCAGUGCCCACUCCUGCGCCAGUGGAAAUACCGACCCCUGUUCCUGCUCCUAUCGAUCCUAUUGAUGUGAAACUGGUGGCCCCAAAGCGUCGAUUCCCGUCCAAGGUCUUCAUCAGUAUGGCUGAGUGGGUACAAGGUCUCUUCGGCCACGGUCUCCCACCUCUUGAUCAUAUGGAGCUGGAGGCGACAAUUUUGCAGAGAGGACAUCUGCUCCCCGACCGGAAGCCUCCCGUCUUAGCCCUCGAGCCGAAGAUACUGCUACGACAGCUCAAGUGCGUCCUCCGUAAAGUUGGAGACAAACCCGGAGACCAGUUGAUCGGCCUUGAACGCCAUUUCCGUAUCUCCGUGCAGGACGCUCCCCAACGUGCUCAGAAGAAAGAUGGCCGGAACAGGAGCUUGAUUGCCGUUGAUACCCGCGGCCUGCCUGACUUUAUCGUUGCGUACAUGUCCAUAGAUCCAGCAAUGGAGCCUAUCCGCCUGACAGACCCCUUGGACCGCAAGAUUGUCUUGCCGUAUGAACAGUGCCGAACUUUGAAGGGUGCCCGCACGGCCAUCCACAAUCGUUUCGCCGACAUUGCGCGGUUGUGGCCGAUCGUCAAAGACGGCGCGUUCGAAAUCGUCAAUGAAGAGGGUGUGGUCAUCCCUCCUGGGUCCUGGGAGGCCAUCAUCAAGCCUGGCGCUGUCCUAACGAUGCGCCUCUCAGCAUUUAACGACGAAGACCUAAGCUCCAUAACACCUAACAAUGACUCCUGGGCGUUCCGGCCUGCUCACGUGGGCCACGGGCGACCACCAGGCAUGUUCCACGCGGGUAUGCCGCCAAGGCCAGGUGGCAUGGCUUACCCACCAGCUCCGACUUUCGCUGGACCGCCGCGAGCGCCGCCCGGAUGGAAUAUGCCGCCUCACGUGAGGCCGCCCCAUGUGGUCAACGUACGCCCCCGCCCUGCUGCCAAGUCGUCGAUGCUGAGCUGGCUGGCCGGCAAGCCCCCCAAGAAGAAGGGCGGGGCCGCCGGGAGCAUAAGCAGCGCCAGCAGCGAUAGCACCACCAGCACCGAGCGGGAGAUGGAAGAAUGGGAGAUGGGUUUUGAGAUCGACUUCGGGCCCGAGCCGACGCGGGAGAAGGACCUGGAUGACGAGAAGUGGAAGAACCUCGGAAAGAUAGUCGCGCAGUGGACGAAUGCCGUCGAUACCGAGUUCAACACUGACUCGGGGACUAUGCCGUGGUACGAUGAUGCUUCGUCGAUCCGGUCGUCCUCGAGCACGUCUUCUUCAUCGUCGUCGGAAAUUGUUGAUCGUUGA